CAUAACCUUGAAAUCAUAAUAAUAACAAAAGCGUCGCGAGUGGGUUUUGUUAUCAAAUAUUGUGCGUGUUCCAACUUCAUUUUUGAAAACGCGCCGUUUAGUUGUGAUGUGGAAUACGUGAUUUUACCUGUAAUUUUUUAAGGAUGGGCGACAUAAGGGCCGGUCUCGAGGAAUUAAAACUCGAUGGGGCCUUAUUCGCCGAUGUUAAAUACUACGUCAGCGGCGAAGGUGAUCCUAAGAUUUUAAAUUUACUACAGGAGGGAGGUGCUGAAAGAUCAAAUUAUUUUAGUGAUUUUGUUACACAUUUAAUAGCAGGCUAUGACGCACUGGAAAAUGAUAUAUCUGCUGCAAAGGAUAUCUAUGAGAUACCAGCAGUUACACAAAACUGGAUUCUAUAUUCUGUCAAAUGCAAUAAACUUCUGCCGCCCCACUAUUUUUCUCCUGAAGAUACACAGUUAUUUUCAAAUGUACGAGCAUGUGUGUCUCAGGUAAGUCGUGCAGACAGCAAAAGUCUGUGGGCGAUGAUCACGCUCCAAGGUGGUAAAUGUCAAUUACGCUUAGAUCGGUAUUGCACUCAUUUAAUUACUGGAAAGGCUGCUGGACUUAAAUAUGAAACUGCAAUGAGGCAUCCUAUCCAAAUUGUAACUCCAGACUGGGUAACAGAAUGUUGUAAAAAAGGAACUAUUGUGAGUGAGGUAGAAUACCAUCCAAGACUAUUAACAUAUCCAAAUAGUUCUACAGCCAUGAUUACUGGCUUCAUGGAUGAAGAUACUGAAAAUAAUACUGCACGAGAAGAACAAGAGAAAACUAAAGCCAUGUUGGAACAACUGAAACAACGGAUGCCUUGGAAUCAACCGAGUCCACCAGUAUCUUCCAAUACUUCUCAUAGCGUAAACACAGCUAAUGCAACUGUAACUGCAAUUCCAUAUACAACAAAUGGACAAAAUAAUGUCAAUCCACAGCAACAUCUUCCACGACCAAUUACUACAGCAAGUUUAUCCAAUGCUUCCACAAUUGCGUCUUCUGUUUCUGAUCAAAAUGUUGCACAAACUACUUGGUUGCCGCAAGCCUCUCAGCAAAAUAAUGUUGCUCAAAUGAAAUCUAUACCAUCACAAAUACAACAACCAGAAUUAUCGCCGCAGCAACAACAACAACAAAUGAAUAUACAGCAUACAUUAAUACAACAACAACAAUUAAAUCAGCAACAACAGUUACCUCAACAACUUACACCGCAUCAGCAAUUACAACAACAGCAAUACACGCAACAACAGCUUUUGAAUCAGCAACAGUCUCCGCAAUUAACAUCUCAGCAACAACAGCAGCAGCAAUUAAUCGGAACGCAGCAGCAGUCACUUGCACAGCAACCAUUGAUGACACAACAACAGCAGCAACAAAUCAAUUCACAAUUACCUCAACAUCAAAUGUCAUCACCACAGCAAUUAUUAACACAGCAAAAACAGCUAAACCAACAUCAAAUUCUUCCGCAGCAACAAAUAAACCAACAACAGCAACAUUUAUCACAGCAGCAGCAAAUUACUACUCAACAACAAUUAGUCCAACAACAACAAGUGCAGCUAACACCCCAACAGCAACAGCAAAUAGUUUUACAACAACAGAUUCCUACUCAACAACAACAAAUUGGGACACAACAGCAUCAAUUGAAUCAACAACAAGCUCCAUCGCAACAACUCACAUCCGAACAACGGCAACUUAUAUUAUUGCAACAACAGCAACAACAGCAGAAAAUUCAACAAAUCUCUCAACAGCUGCAACAAUCUGCGCCUCAAGGUUCACAACAAUUUGUUAUAAGAGACGGUCAGUUACAGCAGCAACCUCAGAAUCAACAAUUAAUGGGUCCUAAUCAGCAAGGUUUUAUUGUGCAAAGAGAUUCGCAAUGGCAACAGCAACAAUACCAUUUGCAAUUACAAAGACAGCAACAACAACAAAUCGGCCCGCAAAGACCAAGUGGACAAUGGGCUCAACAGCCACCACAGCCACCAAGGCAGUUAAUUCAAUUGGAUGCUCAAACUCAUCAACAGUUACAACAAAUGGAUCCACAGCAAAGGGCUCAAUUUAUCCAAAAAAUUCAGAAACAAAGAAACUUGUUACUGCAGAGGCAAAUGCAAAAUCGUCAAGCGCAACAAGGCGCGCAUAUCGCUGUUAUACGAAGUCCAGGAAAACCAGUUCAACCUGGUGGUUUGCAGUGGAUUCAGCAACCACGUCCUCAGAUGAUAGGACCUCAACUUGCACAAACGCCUGGUCAAAAGCCGCUACAUUCUGGGGUUCAACCACCAGCCUUAACACCAAUUAAUUCUUCUAAUCAGGUGAUUGUGCAAACCAAUCAAAAUGUGCAAGGUCCACAAGCCGGCCAACCUGCUCAAACGUUUCAACAGGGUCAAGCUUUAACUCCUCAACAUAUAGCGCAAUUACAUAUGCAAAAACAGCAACAAAUGGCAAGGUUGCAACAACUGCAGCACUUACAGCAGCAGCAACAACAACAACAGCAACAGCAACAGGGCGCGCAACAAGAGCCUCCCUUGACUUCAUUGUCGAAUAAUGCCCAAAUACCACCAGACCAACAAUUAGUCGUUAAUGCAAAAACAAAAACGGCCCUGGCAAACAUGUUGACGAAUAGAUUACAAGGUAGUGCUGCUGAAGGUAGUGCGGCUGGUCAACUGAGAUUAAUGACCGCGCAACACAGACCACCGCCGCCGCCGUCUCAGGAUCCACAACUUCUGGCGGCAUAUCAGCGAAGAACCGUUGGUAAUAUCACAAAUGGAACACCACCCGGUGCGCCAAUAAAGAUGCAGUAUGCUUCGGUGAUGCCUCAAGCGAAAGCUCAGUUCUAUGGUCACAAUCCAAAUCUGAAACUUCCACCAGAUCUAUUUUUGCUAGGUUGUAUCUUUGUCAUCGUCGAGUACGAUGUGCAACGUCCGAACGAUGUUUCCGUAUGGAAACAAGUGAUCGAGAGACACGGCGGAGAGGUGGAACCGCAAUAUUGUACCCGAGCUACUCAUGUACUUGCGAUUACGCAGAAACAUCCGACAGUAGUGCAGGCAUUACGGGAAGGAAAACGUUGCGUCAGUGCUCACUGGCUAUCGGAUGUAGUCAGUAAACAGCAGGUAGUUCCACCUUGGCACGCACUGCAUUUUCCAACACCAUUCAGCUUGACAGAGCUUCCGUGUGCAAAACAAAUUGUAUCAUUAUCUGGAUUUGAAGGAGAAGAACGAGCGAAGGUGAAGUAUAUGCUGGAAGCAUUGGGAGCUAAAGUUACCAAUUACUUCACCAGGCACAACACUCUCCUCAUUUGCAGAAGACCGGACGGUCAAAAAUAUAAAAAGGCUCGAGAAUGGCAAACAGGAGUAGUAAAUGCUCAAUGGUUGACGGACUUGCUGUGCGGACAAAUGAAUGCGCUGCAUCAAACCGAAAAUCCGAAAUAUCAGCAGUACAGUCUGGGCAAUCCCUUUAGAUUGGAUUAUUCGCUAGUGCCUCAUUUAAUGGCUGCAUGGAAGAUGCCAAUAAACAUUACUCAGGAAUCGUACGAUAAAGUAAAGCAGGUUGGUCAGGGUCCAAAUUCGAUAAGAAAGUAUAAAAAGCCGCGAUUAGACGGUCCGUUACUGAAUAAAGAUCCACAUUUGUUGGGCAUGGAAGAACCAAUAGUCGUUAGUAAUCCCGAUCCUCCACCUCCGGAUAAGCAACCAAGAAUAUUGUUCUCUGGUAUUAAUCCUAGGAAGCAUGCGAAGAGAAUUCGGGAAUUAGGUGGUGCACUGGCAGCAAGUUGGCGAGAUGCAACUCAUCUCGUGAUGACAGCACCAAGAAGAACUGUAAAAUUGUUAUGUUGCUUAUCACGUUGUAAAUAUAUUGUCACGUUACAGUGGUUACUCGAUUGUUCCGCAAGGAACACAUUUUUAGAUGAAAGUGGAUACAUGCUUGGAGAUCCAGAAUUCGAGAAAAGUUUUAAUUGCAAUAUUGAAAAGGCACUGGCCAGCCUUAAUAGGGGAACAGUACUUAAGGGCAAAGUAUUUUAUGUUACACCAAGUGUAAUACCAUCGCCAUCAGCGAUCGCAGAAAUAAUUGAAAGUGCGGGUGGAACAAUGGAAAAAACGCGAAGAUCUCUAGCACAGAUUCAAGAAAUGAAUAGUAAUAAAUUAACUUAUAUCAUCAUCACCCAUGAAAAUGAUCUUCAUCUUCUUUCUGACGUUUUACGUGUAAAUAUCAGUGUGUUCAGUGCAGAAAUCGUAUUAGGAGCAGUUGCACGACAAUACUUCCAAACUGAACAAAUUUAAAUACAUGCAGUUUCCAAUAUGCUGCAUUUUAAUCCCCCAUACGGGCUUACUAAAUUCUUUAGUAAGCUAUUUUGGAGAUGAAAAAUUUUGCUUACCUUCUUCAAUGGGACAAUAAAGAACAUAAUUUUAUGAUA